GCGAUAUUUUCAAAUUAUCAUAUGUGAAUUUUAUAAAAAUGGCGUUAUAUUGUGCCUCAUGUGGAGCUAAUUUAAAGCUUGAGGACAAUUUCUGUACAUUUUGUGGAAAUAAGAAAAAGGUUAAAGAAGAAGAGGAAGUAAAUAUUCGCAUAAAUGAAAAACUUGCUCUUAGCGACUUUCAAAAGUAUAAAACUGUCGAGAGGAAAUCUAGGUUUAAAAGAAAAUCUUUUGCACCGAUAAUUUCCAAUGACUCUCUAAAAAAAAGUCGUUCUAUUGAGAAUGUAACAAUAAAUGUUGGUAUUAUGAAAAAUAAUGGUAAAGAUGAAAUUAACAUUGUGAGGGGAAGUAAAUUGCCUAUACAUGUCCCAAGGCAAGGUAAUGCAAAGAUGGUUUUUGAAAUCGCUUGUGGAAAACAUGCAGAUCAUAACCAAUUUUUUUGUUAUAACGAUAACUGGGUACUACUAUAUCCUGAUAAAAAAAAAGCUGAAUAUGUUCCAGGCACUAACUCUUUGUUUACAGUUGAAAAGUAUAAAGAAAGUUUAAACAAACCAUUUUCAAAGAUAGACUUAUAUCUGUGUAAGCAAAGUAUUUUAAAUCUAGAAAAUAAAGAAGUCACCGAUUUAAACAAUGACAGCUCUAUUUCGGAUUUAGAUAACUUCUGUUUUCAAUAUCAUAGUGAAGAUUUCAAUAAUAACACUUUGUCAAAUAAUUAUCUUGGAGAUUUUCCAGAAAAAUUAUCUAUUGAAAAUAAUCAAUCAUUUUCUUAUUUUGGUGUUGUUGACAGUAAAUCUGUAAAAAAUUUUAAAGAUAUUUCUUCACAACAAACAGCCAGUCAAUCUAGUUCAGGCGUCAGCUGCGGUCUUUGUCCUGUAUGUAAUCAAAGGUUUCCUUUUUCAGUGCUUGAACAACAUGCAGAUAAUUGUUUAAAAAAUAAAGAAAAGCAAAUGGUAUAUUUGAUUGAUUCUGAUGACUUAAUUGAUUUGACUAAUAGUUAUGAAAAAGAACAAGAUUUUGAUAAACCUGAGAAUAUAAAUGAUCUUAAAAAAAAGAUUCCAGUUUUAAUAAAACAACUCAGUGAUAUACAUGAUGGCGAUGUCAGAAUAAAUGUUCGUCGUCAGUUUGAAUUUGAAGACUUCCACAAAUUUUUUACCAAAAGUUGGAACAAGGAUAAAAUCCACAAUUUAUACAAGUUUUCAUUUGUUGGUGAGCCUGCUAUCGAUACAGGUGGAGUGUCUCGAAAAUUCUAUUCAGGUUAAAUUUAUAUGCAGAGUUGUUAAUAAGGCUAAAAUAUAGCAAGGCUAAUGUUAAAUGUUACUUAGCAAACAACAAGGCUAAAAUGUUUCAUGACCAAGGAAUUAAUUCUUUUAAUUAAAAGCAAGCCUGAGGAUUAACAACUCUGUUUAUAUGUAUCAAUAGUGUUAAUUGUUGUUUUUUAAAAGUUUUGGUUGAUUAUUUAAAGUUUUUUUGACUAAUUGUUUUUUAUUUUUUGUAUCUGAUCUUUU